GAAGUCAUUCAGACUAACUUGGCAACUCUUGAACCAGGGAGCUUCUUCUGCUGCCCAAACGAAAGAAACUUCAAAGUAGCUCGAAGUAGUUUUUCUCUGGAAAGUUCUGGACCAGACGACAGGUUACCUCUGGCCUGUUCACCAAACCUUUAUCUUCCGACGUCAUACAGCUAGUCUGGGCCUGUCCCGUUCACGUCGGGCUAGUCGGGAGAUAAACCAAACUGUACAAUGCUUAUGCCAGCGUCAAACGGAUCCAUAAUGGACUUGGAGUCGGAGUUGGUGAAAAUUAAAGCACAUUAUUGUGGGGACAUGUUGAUCACAGACUUGGCUGCAACGGUAACCUUUGUGGAGUUGUGUGAGGAGGUGAGAACGAUGUGCAGUGUUGCCAAGCAGCAGCCCAUCACACUCAAGUGGAUCGAUGAUGAAGGAGACCCUUGUACCAUCUCGUCUCAGAUGGAACUGGAGGAGGCAUUUCGUAUUUACAAUCGAACCAAGAGGUCUGGACUGCUGCUGCAUGUGUUCCCCAGUAUACCGGAGCGGCCUGGCAUGCCCUGCCCUGGAGAGGACAAAUCGAUCUAUCGCCGCGGGGCCAGAAGAUGGAGGAAACUCUACCGAGUCAACGGGCACCUCUUCCAGGCCAAGCGCUUUAACAGGAAAGCCUACUGUGGCCACUGUAGUGAAAGGAUAUGGGGGCUGGGCAGGCAGGGCUACAAGUGUAUCAACUGCAAACUGCUGGUCCAUAAGCGCUGUCACAGACUCAUCCCUCAGACCUGCCAAAGGCUUAUGGAUCCAGUCAUGCCAUCACAGGAGCCCCCUUCAGAUGCAAAGAGCGAAGAGGUGGACCUUCCACCAGAUGACACAGAAGACACAGAUGGGAUACCUUUUUUAGCACACAACUGUACAGUGGACAAAACAGAGGAUGCAGAUGCAGAGGAUAUCAAGGCAGUAGUGGACGGCAUCGAUGGCAUUAAGCUGUCUCAGGGUCUGGCACUGGGGCUGGGUGACUUCGACCUGAUCCGAGUGAUCGGGCGUGGCAGCUACGCCAAGGUUCUGCUGGUUCGGCUAAAGAAGAACGAGCAGGUUUACGCCAUGAAGGUGGUGAAGAAGGAGCUGGUUCAUGAUGAUGAGGAUAUUGACUGGGUGCAGACAGAGAAACAUGUGUUCGAGCAGGCGUCCACCAAUCCAUUCUUAGUAGGCCUCCACUCCUGUUUCCAGACAGAAAGUCGGUUAUUCCUGGUGAUUGAAUAUGUGAACGGCGGGGACUUGAUGUUUCAUAUGCAGCGACAACGGAAGCUCCCUGAAGAACAUGCAAGAUUUUAUGCUGCUGAAAUCUGUAUUGCUCUGAACUUCCUGCAUGAAAAAGGAAUCAUCUACCGCGACCUGAAGCUGGACAAUGUUCUCUUGGACCACGAGGGACACAUCAAGCUCACAGACUAUGGCAUGUGCAAGGAGGGGAUCAGACCAGGUGACACCACCAGUACUUUCUGUGGGACACCCAACUACAUCGCACCAGAGAUCCUCAGAGGGGAGGAUUACGGCUUCAGUGUGGACUGGUGGGCUUUGGGCGUGCUGAUGUUUGAGAUGAUGGCUGGGAGGUCUCCGUUUGACAUCAUCACCGACAAUCCUGACAUGAACACAGAGGAGUACCUCUUUCAAGUUAUUCUUGAGAAGCCCAUUCGCAUCCCAAGGUCUUUGUCGGUGAAAGCUGCCAGCGUGCUCAAGGGCUUUCUAAACAAGGAUCCCAAGGAGCGGCUGGGUUGCCAGGUCCAGACGGGCUUCACAGAUAUCAAGUCACACACAUUUUUUCGCAGUAUAGACUGGGAGCAGCUGGAGAAGAAAGAGGUGACGCCGCCCUUCAAACCUCAAAUCUCCGAUGACUACGGCCUCGAAAACUUUGACACGCAGUUUACUAAUGAACCAGUGCAGCUAACACCAGAUGAUGAGGACGUCAUCAAGAGAAUAGACCAGUCUGAGUUUGAGGGAUUUGAAUACAUCAACCCCCUGCUGCUAUCCACAGAAGAGUCUGUAUGAAGGGGAGACCAGCUUCCUCCUUCGCCCACCUACUGUCUGUCCAAGCUGCCGUCUCAGCCAAAAACCACUCGCAAGCCAAUUCUGACAGGAGGAGCAGGAAGAGUAAAGGACAACAGGGACGAACUCACCCCUCUGGACCCUGUCAGCAAAGCAAAGCAAACAUAAGAAUGGGAGAGUUUCCUUCCUUGGACGAUUCCGAUUGUUUUGUUGGGAUACCAAACUCUUCUUUCUUGAUAUCUACAAGAAAAACAAAGACACUGGACUACAAGAACAUUCCCCGUCGUUGCAUUGUCUUCCCCUUUUUAUUUCGUUUUCUCCUUCGGCUUCAUUCCUUUCUCCCCUCAGAAUGUCCAUCCUCGUGUUGAAGCACGACCAGCUUUGUAAUUUGAACAGAGAGCUGUUUCAUUCGGUGCCUGCCUUCAUGAACACAUCUCAACCCGUCUCACAUCCCUGGAUGAAUAUGACAGUUCUGCUGAAGAACUUGAAAUUUUACGCGCACUUUUAUUUAUUUUUUUGGUUAAUUCCUUUUUUCUAUCUUGUAGGGGGGGGGGCGACGCCUCACACAAAAUGAGAAUGUACAAUGACGAAGGAAAAAAUAAGUUAUUAUUGUGUAUUAUAAUGUAGGUAGUGAAUCCAAAAUUGACGAUGCCUUUUUAUUGAUGCAAGUGGCCCACUUUCAUCCGUAACCGCAAACCUUUCUUUUUGUUAUAUUCUAUGAUUUUCACAAACAGCGGGGGGAAAAAAACGCUAACUGGGAGAUGAGUUUUUAUUUAAGAAGUGCCUCAAAGAUCAAAUUAAUUACCAUGUCUCUGAUUGCACUUAUCUCUUAUUGAACAUUUCUUCACCCACCAUGGAUUCAGCAGGCCAAGACCUUCUGAAACCGGGUCUAGACUCUGCCAGGGUUGGUCCAAGUCUCUGAGGGGGAAUCAAUAUUUUUGGAGCACAGUAGCCUGCCUCAGUCCUGACUGAAUUUUUUAAAAAAUUUUAACAAAUCAGUUCAAAUAAUCAGUGUAGGACAGUGUUUAGAUUAUGUAAUGAUGGUCUAUAGAUGUAUGAGAGCAGCAUUCACAAACCCGACCCAUCAGAAAUGACCUCAACUGAGAAAAAACGCUCAAAGGUAAAGCUUGAUGUGUAGAUAUUGAUCAUAGAAGAGCUUUCCCAAUGUCUAAUUACAAACAUCACCACUACAGCAUCCAUACCGUCCUGUGUUUGUGAUGCCACAGUACGAAGGCGUGUGAAGGCCAGAGUGGACCUGCUGCCAGUCAGCCUGGCAGCUUCAGAAACACAUUAUAUCAGGACUUCAGCAGUGUGUUGGCUCCAGCCUCCGCAGUGUGUUCAGGCUUGCUGGCCGAGCUCAGAUUCUUCCACCCCAGCGGCCACUGAGUGACCAUCUGCAGCCGGUCGAAAAUAUCAUGUGACCAGUUGGGUGUGCUACCUUGUGGAAAAGUGUCUCCAUUUCCAUUUUGGGCUCAUUGUAUGUUUCUUUCUGCGCACUAAGGCUGGCUUUACAUAGUGCAACUCGAACGCACCUCCAGCUCAAAGCAACUUAAUGGUUAAACCAUGUCUACAGUUGGUAAAGUCCAACAUCUUAUUUACAGUCUAACAUCACACCAAAGUGAUAUUUAAAUGUAUUGUUAGUAUAAAAGGUCAGUGGACGUGUUUGACAUCAGCAUUGAGACACAAUCUAAGCUAAUCAGUGCUGGUAACUGUAGCUUACAAGCUAAGCAGCGCUUUGUUAGCAGGUGGUGCUGAGGAAUAAUAACCAUAAAACCAAAUAUUAAGACAUAUAAAUUUCUCUCUUGUGGGUACAGACGUGUCAUUUACUGAGCAGAUCUGUAGCAGGAAAAAAAUCAAGACAUGCAACAAUGUCAUUUCAGUCCCUUUAGUUUAACUGCACACAUGGAGAGAAAUGAAGGUGUUUAUAUAUUUUCUUCCCUUCAAAUUGUAAGUUGUAGCGCUCAAAUGAUAAAUGAAUUAAUCUGACAGCCGCUCAACAAAUAUUUAACACUUAAUCUAUGAACUCAAAAACACUCUUUAGAUGAUCAAUAAUGAUAAUCGUUAAUUGCAACCUUCCAGACAACAACGUCACAGCACUGCUCACCAUGUUUUAUACUGUAAAUGAGGUAAUGUGACCUAUUUGACUAAACAUCAACAAUAAUGAUAAAAACUUAGCUGCAAUAAUUCAUUUUUUGGCCACUUGGGGGAAGCACAACAAGCUGUAAACACAAUGUUGACAUAUUACUUAUGAAGUCAUCGUGGCUGUUGCCUGUUCACACAUCCAGCAGAUGCAGAACAACAUUAGCAUUUAUUUGGGGGGGGUCGGGUUUGUGUCCACCUGAUGAAUGCAGGUCCAGUAUUCACUCACCAAAACUGUGAAAUUAUAAAUAAAAGACACUGAAUCGCUCCAUAAAGCUGAGAGGAACCGCAGAGUUUCACAUUACACACAGUCAGCUGAUCCGUCGUCUAUAUGAAAAUAAAAAGCUUUCUGCUCCUUUUAAAGUUUGUUAAGUGGACAGUUUUCACAUGUAUUGUGGACGCCGGGGCUCAUGCUGGAAAUGCUGAAAAUCCUGAUCCACUGUUUGGACGUGGACCCGGUCAGGGUUCAACAGUAUCUAUCACAGCUGGCUUAACACUGUCUGAAUACUGAAAUAGUAUUAAAAACUGUCAAAUAUGGGAAAUGGGCAUCAAAUCCUUGAUCAUACUCUUAGUUUUCUUUAUUAUUUGGUGGUCAGAUAUUAAUUUAAGUCUAUAUUUAGCAGUUUUAUGUAACACUUAUGCAUUAAGCAGUUUGGCAUAUUUACUUCAUUGAAAACAUAUUCAUCUUCCCCAAACAAGGGUAUUGGUACUGAAACUCUGGUAUUUUAUUAGCAGAAAUAUUGAAUAUGCGGGUUUGUGUUUUCACUCGGAAGGUUCUGGAUGAGUUUGUAACAGUUGGCCAGUGUAAAGCCAGCCCGACACGCAGCUCUCUAACAUCAGCUCGCCAAGAUAUUCAUACAUUUCUGCACCUUUCUGAUCCAUCGAAGGGUUUCCAAAUCCUACGUUUCAUCUCCUUUUACCACCGUCACUCUCAUAAUGAAUCUCAUGAAUAAAAUGAAGCCAUGAGUGUAUUUCUAUACACUGAGAUUUCAGGCUAGUUUAACUUCAUAUACUGCCACCUUAAUGCACAACAAACCAAAUUUAUGAGCCUUGCUGUGUUGAAACGCCAAGAUAAAAUCAAACACACACACACACACAACACAUCUGUGAAUAUCAACUAAGACACAGAUUAAAGUCACAGACAGGAAGAAGAACUCGUCUCUGAAACGAGCUUUCUGAGCGCCUCCGAGGACAAGAAGAGCUCUCUAUUGGCUGAGAGUUAUUUGAUGAAAUCUGACCCGUGCUAAUUUGAUAACCACAUAAUAGGAUUAAUUAGCUGAUCCUGAGUCAAAGGGUCUCAAUUAGCUUCAGGGCCUUUACAGGCAGGGAAGAAACUGAUAGAGAGAAGAGAGAUAAUGAAGCAGUUACACAGUCACCGAUUAGUCCAGCACAAUGAACACACACACACACACACACACACACACGGAGACGCUAGAAUCACUUCAACAUUCGAGGGAAGCUUCCUCUUCCAACCCCCCGAACACCGUCUCAUCUGAUGAAUUUCUGUAUUAACGUCAUGGUUUGUUGAUCUAUUUUGCACAGCAGGUGAAACAUUAGUGACAUUCUUUUUUCUUGAGGGACCAAAGGAUGAAUUUGGAGUCCUUGAAACCACAUCACAGAACAGUGAAGGCCAUUCAGACACCUAAAAGAAAAGACCCUUUAUUUAAAAAUGAAUGAACUUAUUCCAUGACUUUUUGUUCUAACAUAAUGCUGGUUGGAUAUGCUUAAUUUUGCUUCACUGCAUCUCUGUAAAUAUGUGUAAUUAUUAAAAAUGAUACUGGUUUUCCGUGAA